GUUUCUGUAGCUGAAAGGAGCUAGCGCUCAAUCCCGGUUCUAGGGUUGUUGCCGAGCGCACGUCGGUGCUGACGCGGAAACCACCGCACAGUCUCAAGCAUAUACAGUCACUCAAAUAUACUCAACUUGAACCCAGGGCAAUGCAGCCCGCGGUCGCGGCUUCUUCUGCUGGGCUGGUGGCAGCGCUGGCCCGGGCCCUCACGGGCCAUGCGCAGCCGCCAACGGCGGGUGCCGACUCAUCAUCGGUGUCAACGUCGUCGCCCAGCGGCCCCCAACAAGCUGCUGUUGCCGGUGGCGGUGAGCCCGUGGGUGCCACCGGCAAGCCCGGGGUCAGCGGCUUCAGUCCGGCCGCAAACACAGCGCGCAACACCGUGCAGGCGGGGCUGCAGUCCGCCGGCAAUAGCGUGCAGGGGGGCUUGAAGGGGCUGACUGAUGCCGCCGAGGAGCACGGGUCGCGUACGGCGCGGGGCAUGGGCAUAGCCGCCGGCAUUGGUGGCAUUUUUGCGUUGGCGUGUGUGGUGGUGCAGUGGUACCUGCAGUCGCGUGGUGGAGGCAGUGCGGCGGGCGGCCGUGGUGACAUCAACGCCGCCAUCAUCAGCCGGUUGCUGUCGGCACCCCAGGGCUACACGGUGGCGGAGCCCGAGGACCUGGGCGGCCGGCUCCUGGCCACCGCCGCCGCCACCGGCCGCCCGCUGCAGGAGCCCAAGACAGCCACCGCCGACGCCAUCACCACCGCCGCCGCCGGGCAGCAGCAGCACGCCUCGGCGCAGGGUGCAUUUAACGGUGGCAGCGGCGGCAACGGGGGCAGCGGAAAGUAGUGGGAGGUGGAUGGUGGGCGCGGUGGCGGGCGCAAGCGGGGCGCACACUUACGGUAGUCGGUCAGUCGCGGCGAGGCGGCGUUGAACGAUUAGCCCAGAGAGUCGUGGAUGGCUGAGACGUAUGCGGCAGUCUAUCUGUGCCUCUGUGGCCUAGGUGUGUGAUGGGACAAUAGCAAGGCAAGUUGAUAAAGUCCCGUAGGGUGCAGCUAAUGUGGCCUAGGUAGAAACGAGCAAGGGGAGAUGCGCGAUGCGCUUGUGGGCAGUGGGGUAGUAAGGGGCACGUGGGGUAUUCAUGCCGAGAUAUGUGCGUGGCACAGUUGCUUGACAGUUGCUUGUUACUGUUGGACUUGCUGAGACAAUUGCUCAGGCCGGCAAAAAUACGUCUUACUAGGGCGACUACGUGCGCCUUCGCAACCUAGCACCCUACCAAUCUAGAGCAUUCGCAUCUUUAGAGCACUGUUUUUGAUAGGGCGCCACGCACGCGGGCCAGCUAGGCACUGAUCAGGCGGCAGUUGAAAGGCGUUACUACUGCUGAGAGUGGGCAGGCAGGCAGGCAGGCAGGUGCACUGUGUCGCAUGCCAUUGUGGGCUGGCAUGCCUGUUGCAAAACAUGCCUGCAGCGGGUGGGGUGGGGCGGUAUGUGCCAUGCACGAGGUGAGGCUGCCGCAUGGCUAGCUACAAGAGCGCAGCGCCGGCUCCAUCUAUACUGGCGCUGCUCUUUUUGUUACUCCCUUUUAUUAGU